CCGCUCGCGCAUUCACACUCGCGUUGGUAUAUUUUGGGGGAGCGCCGCGCGCUCUCGUGUAUAUUAUAUAUACCCUCGCGCCCGCACUACGAGCGAGCCGGUCCCUCGCUCCGGGGAUUUUUUUUUUUUUUUUUUUCCAAUACACGGUGCGCCGAUUUUUACGUAAAACCCAUAGAUUUCGCGCUCCUACGAGACCUUGACGUGUACUUGUUUGGUUGUCCGGAGUGCGCUGCUUUGAACAGCCCUUGCGCGCCCCGAGUGUGCCGAGAAGGAAAAGAGUGCAGAGCCGAAGCAGCGGAGAAAGGAGCCGGUGUUUUUUGUUUUUGUUUGCUUGUUUAUUGGCUGUCUUUCGUCUUGGAACUGGAGAGGAAAAAAAAAAAAAAAAAAAAAAGACGAAGAACAAAAGAAAAAGUGCAGAGAAGAAAAGGGGGAGCUUUUACGUAAGGAGCGGGCCGAGCGCGCGCACCGACACACGGCCGCACACGGAAGAAGAGGCGGCCUCGGAGUGGGUGCUGGUGAAGCGAGUCCCAUAAUCGUCUCCGUCUCGCGCCACAUCGAUCAAAGGGAUCCCCCGCUAGUUCCGGGAAACGAAAGAUCCGAACACCACCACCGCGAGACCUGGGGACAAUUGACGUUUCAAUAUAGUUGGGCGGAAAACACACACACAAUCGCUCGAGAAGAGGCACAGUGGAAGAAAAAUCGCGCAGUACGAGGAUGACGAGGAGCUCGAGCUUGGCUAUGGAAACAUGAGGAGGGUCAAAGUGCGACAGCAACAGCACCAGUUCAAGGAUCGUCCUUUGCCCGCCGAGCAUACAUGACCGAUGUGGCGCAACACACCAGAAAUUCUCUUCUGCAAAAUGAUUCGCGUCGCCGUCUUCCUGUGCAUGGCGAUCCUACCCUUCGCAAAAUGCACCAAGAUUCACGAACACAUGACGAAGGAGGAGAUGAUGUCGGUGUUUCAGGCAGGUCACGCAUCUGUUCCACCUUACCAGGUAGUGCGGGUCCUGCACUCUGUGCACAGGCGGAGUCCGGAAGAUGAGCAGGAAGUGCAUCUGAACGCGUUCGGUAAAUACUACGGCCUGUACUUGAAGCCCAACGAUGGUCUCGUGUCGGGCAACAGUUUGCGCAUGUGGACCGUCGAGCGAAAUAAUUCACUUCCCGAUGGACUGCGAUACGAAAGGAUUCUGGAGAAAGACGCCGAGAUCGGCGACGUGUACCACGACGAGGAGAACAUGGCUUCCAUACUAAUGCACCGGGACGCCAGUGGGAAAGUGACUGUCGAGGGUAAUAUAGGGUCGGAUCUAGUGAUCAAGCCACUGCCGGAGCGCAUCGUUAAGGAAGUCGUGAGCAAAGUCCCGGAGUUGCACGAUCCGCACUUGCUGCCUAACGUCACGAGGACGAAGCGCAACACCCUCGAGCACACGCACCACCACGUCGUUUACAAAAAAGCGGCGCGACCAGCCGACGACGAGUACGGCGAUUUCGCAUUUAUGGAGCCAGAUCACAUAUCGAAGAGGUUCAGAUCGAAGCGGUCAACUGGUACUAGUAGAUCCAAGCGAGAAGCUCCGUACGUGAUUUACCCCGAAAUCCUCUGUAUUGUGGACUACGAUGGCUAUAGAUUGCACGGCGGCGAUAAUGUGCAGAUCAAACGAUACUUCGUGUCGUUCUGGAACGGAGUGGAUCUCAGGUACAAGCUGCUAAAAGGCCCCAAGAUACGCAUCAGCAUAGCCGGCAUCAUAAUUUCGCGCGGGAGAGACGCCACACCAUACUUGGAGAGGAACCGCGUGGGACGAGAUGCAAUUGAUUCGGCGGCAGCACUGACCGACAUGGGCAAAUACCUAUUUCGAGAAAGAAGACUUCCGGUUUACGACAUUGCCGUGGCCGUCACUAAAUUAGAUAUGUGCAGGAGGCAAUACGCGAAUGAAGUGUGCAAUAGAGGAACCGCAGGUUUUGCGUACGUGGGUGGUGCUUGCGUCGUCAACAAGAGACUGGAAAAAGUUAAUUCUGUGGCUAUAAUCGAAGACACGGGAGGCUUCAGUGGCAUUAUCGUCGCUGCUCACGAAGUCGGCCACUUGCUGGGCGCUGUGCACGAUGGAUCGCCGCCGCCGAGCUACCUUGGAGGACCGGGAGCUGAAAAGUGCCGCUGGGAGGACGGCUACAUCAUGAGCGACCUCAGGCACACGGAGAAGGGCUUCAAAUGGUCCCACUGCAGCGUUUCGUCCUUCCAUCACUUUUUGAAUGGGGACACAGCGACGUGUCUUUACAAUGCACCUCACGAGGACGAGGCACUGCCAAGAGUCUUGCCAGGAAAGCUGCUGUCACUCGACGCGCAAUGCCGAAAGGACCGAGGAACGAGCGCCUGUUUCAAAGAUGAUCGGGUGUGUGCACAGCUUUUCUGCUUCGAUGCCGGCUCAGGCUACUGCGUGGCGUAUCGACCAGCAGCUGAGGGAUCGCCUUGUGGAGACGGCCAAUACUGCCUGAAUGGAAAGUGUGUUGCCGAGCACGAAAACAUUAUUCCCGAUUACACACAGAACAUACCGAUGUACGUGCAGCGAGAGAACCUUUACAACGCCCCGACGCAAAGUCGGUCAUUGUACACGCGAUACAAUACCAGUACGACGGAAUACAGAAACAGAGGCCGGUGAAUGCCGGGACAAGGAGGGUACGAACUGCGCGGAGCUGAUCAGCAGGCUGAGGAUAUGGCUGUGCCGUCUGCAAUCAGUGAGAGCCGACUGUUGCGAGUCUCUGAAAACAAUUUGCUGAACAAAACCAACACAACGACCGGUGAACAAUGCAAAAAAACACGCAAACGCAAGGGGACACGAAGAAAGUGGCUCGAUAUCGCGCUUGAACGAAAAUGCAUGAUCGGAGUCACUAAAGUGACUAAGAAGCUGAGGACAAGAUGUGAAUGAGAAUAGAAAAAGUGAGGAAGAAAAAGAAAAAAAAAAAAAUACGAAUGAGCGAAAGUGCGAUUGCAACGAGGUGGUGUUUGCAUCACCGUGCGCAGUAACUUUGUGUGAUUGGGAUUGUUAUGCUGAAAUGUGAAUGCGAUCAGAAGGACAAGUGAAAAGAGAACGAAGAAAAAAAAAUUUUAUAGAAUGUAAACGCGUUCUGCGAACGGCACCAUGUUAAAAUCCCUAAUUAUUUUUCUUGGUCUUUAUCCCCAACGAGCGAGGUGAAAGAGUGUUUUAUAUAUACAUACGCAUUUAGAAAAAAAAAAAAAAAAAAAAAAAAAAA